CCCGAGCGCCGCCGACCGCGGGGGGCCAGGGCGAGAGGGAGGGCGGCGGCGGCGGCGGAGGGGCCGCCGGGGCGAUGCCGCACUUCACGGUGGUGCCGGUGGAGGACAAGCACCGGACGGACUACGACAACUUGGAAGGGCUCAGCUGGGUGGACUACAGCGAGCCCGGCGGCGCGGCGCAGCUGCACCCGCGCGAUGCCUACGACACGGUCAGCUCCGACGGUCAUGGUAACCAUAAAGAAAGCAGCCCUUUCCUCAACAAUUCUGAGGCUGGCAAAGGAGGAGACUAUUAUGACAGAAACUUGGCCUUGUUUGAGGAGGAGCUGGAUAUUCGCCCGAAGGUCUCUUCCUUGCUUGGCAAACUGGUCAGCUACACAAAUCUCACUCAAGGAGCCAAAGAGCAUGAAGAGGCAGAAAGCGCCGAAGGCUCGAGGAGGAAAGUAUCAAAAUCACCCAGCAUGGGCACCCUGAUGGGAGUCUACCUGCCAUGUAUGCAGAAUAUCUUUGGGGUCAUUCUCUUCCUUCGGUUGACAUGGAUGGUGGGAACCGCUGGUGUUUUGCAGUCCUUCCUUAUCGUCUUAAUCUGCUGCUGUUGUACCAUGCUGACAGCCAUAUCAAUGAGCGCUAUUGCUACAAACGGGGUUGUGCCAGCUGGCGGCUCUUACUUCAUGAUCUCAAGAUCGUUGGGUCCGGAGUUUGGUGGCGCAGUGGGCUUGUGUUUUUACCUGGGGACAACAUUCGCAGGUGCUAUGUACAUCCUUGGUGCCAUUGAAAUCCUGCUCACCUACAUCGCUCCCCAGGCAGCCAUUUUUCACCCCACUGGAGCCCACGACACAUCCAACGCCAACCUCAACAACAUGCGAGUCUAUGGGACUUUGUUCCUCACAUUCAUGGCUGUGGUGGUUUUCGUAGGCGUGAAAUACGUCAACAAAUUUGCUUCUCUCUUCCUGGCGUGUGUCAUAAUAUCUAUCUUGUCCAUCUAUGCUGGGGCCAUCAAAUCCAUCUUUGAUCCGCCUGCUUUUCCUGUCUGCAUGCUGGGCAACAGAACUCUUUCGAGGGACCAGUUUGACAUCUGUGCCAAAACAACAGUGGUUGAUAAUGUCACCGUGGCCACCAAGUUGACGGAGCUUUUCUGCCCACAUUACAAUGUCACCUCCGCGCAAUGUGAUGAGUACUUCCGCUUCAACAAUGUUACAGAGAUUGCAGGGAUUCCUGGUGCCGCCAGCGGCAUUUUGAAAGAUAACAUCUGGAGUAAUUACUUGGAGAAAGGAGAGAUCCUGGAGAAAGCCGACCGCCUGUCUGUGGAUGUUUCUGGCCACAAGAGCAACCUCCACUUGUACGUUUAUGCAGACAUCGCAACAUCCUUCACGGUGCUUGUGGGCAUCUUCUUCCCUUCUGUGACAGGGAUCAUGGCUGGUUCAAACCGAUCCGGAGACCUCAAGGAUGCCCAGAAAUCUAUUCCUAUUGGAACGAUCCUGGCCAUUGUCACCACGUCUCUAGUCUAUUUCAGCUGUGUAGUGCUGUUUGGAGCUUGUAUCGAAGGUGUUGUUCUUAGAGACAAAUAUGGUGAUGCUGUGAACAAGAAUUUGGUGGUGGGCACGCUUUCGUGGCCCUCGCCGUGGGUCAUUGUGAUCGGCUCGUUUUUCUCCACUUGUGGGGCUGGCUUGCAGAGCCUCACCGGAGCCCCCCGGCUACUUCAAGCAAUCGCCAAGGACAACAUAAUUCCUUUCUUGUGGGUCUUUGGCCACGGAAAGGCGAAUGGGGAGCCAACCUGGGCCCUUCUGCUGACAGCGGUGAUUGCAGAACUUGGGAUUCUUAUUGCAUCCCUGGACAUGGUAGCCCCCAUUCUUUCUAUGUUUUUCUUGAUGUGUUACUUGUUCGUCAACUUGGCUUGUGCAGUGCAAACACUUUUAAGGACACCAAACUGGCGGCCCAGAUUUAAGUACUAUCACUGGGCAUUGUCCUUUUUAGGCAUGAGCAUCUGCCUUGCACUGAUGUUCAUUUCAUCCUGGUAUUAUGCUUUAGUGGCUAUGCUCAUCGCCGGCAUGAUUUACAAGUACAUUGAAUAUCAGGGGGCUGAGAAGGAAUGGGGCGACGGGAUUCGGGGUCUAUCACUCAGCGCCGCCAGGUACGCCUUGCUGAGACUGGAGGAAGGGCCCCCUCACACCAAGAACUGGAGGCCGCAGCUGCUGGUGCUUCUGAAGCUGGACGAGGAUUUGCAUGUGAAAUACCCCAGGCUGUUGACGUUUGCUUCUCAGCUGAAAGCCGGCAAGGGGCUGACCAUUGUCGGUACGGUGAUCCAGGGCAACUUCCUGGAGAGUUAUGGAGAGGCCCAAGCUGCUGAACAGGCUAUCAAGAACAUGAUAGAGAUAGAGAAGGUGAAAGGCUUUUGUCAAGUCGUCGUGGCUAAUAAACUCCGAGACGGCAUUUCCCACUUGAUACAGUCGUGCGGGCUGGGUGGCAUGAAGCACAACACGGUGGUGCUGGGCUGGCCCUACGGCUGGAGGCAAAGCGAAGAUCCAAGAGCCUGGAAAACAUUUAUAGACACGGUGCGUUGCACGACCGCGGCCCACCUUGCCUUGCUGGUGCCCAAAAAUGUGUCCUUCUACCCUGGCAACCACGAGCGUUACCUGGAAGGGAACAUCGAUGUCUGGUGGAUCGUGCACGACGGAGGCAUGUUGAUGCUGCUUCCUUUCCUACUCAAACAACAUAAAGUUUGGCGGAAGUGCAAAAUGCGGAUAUUCACAGUCGCUCAAAUGGAUGACAACAGCAUCCAGAUGAAGAAAGAUUUGGCGACUUUCCUUUAUCACCUCCGAAUCGAGGCUGAAGUGGAAGUGGUCGAAAUGCAAAACAGCGACAUCUCAGCCUACACUUACGAAAGGACUUUGAUGAUGGAGCAGAGAUCUCAGAUGCUGAGGCAGAUGAGGCUGACCAAAACAGAAAGAGAAAGGGAGGCUCAGCUCAUAAAGGACAGGCACUCGAUCAUAAGGUUGGAGAGCCUCUACUCAGAUGAGGAAGAUGAGGGGGAAGCGGUGCCCGAAAAGAUCCAGAUGACAUGGACAAAGGACAAGUACGACAAUGAUAAACGGAGCCGGAACAGUGCAGUGGAGAACUUCCGGGAGCUCAUCAGUAUUAAACCCAACCAGUCAAAUGUUCGGAGAAUGCACACCGCUGUGAAGCUGAAUGAAGUCAUUGUUAACCGGUCCCACGAAGCACGACUCGUUCUUCUCAACAUGCCUGGCCCUCCGAAAAACAUCGAUGGGGAUGAGAACUACAUGGAAUUUCUUGAAGUCCUGACCGAAGGCCUGGAGCGGGUGUUAUUGGUCCGAGGCGGUGGCCGAGAAGUCAUUACCAUCUACUCUUGAUGCAGCAGAACGGCGGCUGUCCUGCUUACCAUUUUUCUGGCAAAGGACAUUCCAUUUCCGAAAGGAGAAGAAGAUUGUUCUUCUCUUUCUCUGCCUCCACUUCUACAUUAUCUCUUCCUUUUCCCAUAGUUGGGUUUUUUCUUCUUCUUCCCACAGUUGUGCACUUGUAGACACAAAAUGCAGGUCUCACUGAAUUUGUCUUCCAGUUGUAACAUACAUAUCUCUCUUGGGAGUGUGAUGGCUUUGUAUCACUCAGCUAGAGACACGAGAUUAAUCAUAAAUCUCAUGUAGCUCUGCUCCCGUGUUCAUCCUCCAGCAUAUACACAUGUACAGUUCUAAUACUAAACUCUUUUUUUUAGAAAGCAAAGUGCAGUAUUUUUAGUUACUGACGUCAGUUAUCCGUUAACAAGAAUUUAAAUAAGAACCUUUUAUAUUAAAGGGGUUGGGGUGGGAAGUACUUUAUAGAGGAGGUAGUUUUCUGCUGAUGUUUUCUGUAUUUUCUAAAUGAGAAGAGAAAAUACAACCAGUACUUUUUUUAAAGUGACACCUAGUUUUUGUAGGAUUAUCUCAAGAACUAAAAGUUUCAGUCAGUAUUCAGACAGAAUUUACACUUUUGAGAAGCAGGUUUAAAUUAUGUUAAUUUUUAUUCGCAGACUGCUACAAUGAUGUGCAAGAGACUUACAGGUCUUUCUGAUUAAAAAUAGACUUUCUCCCCCCCCCCUUUUUUGCCCCUUAUUUAUUUUUUCUAUUUAUUUACUAGAAGCAGUGCAAACACACAUGGUCUUAACGACUGCAGUCGGCUGGUCGCAGGUCCUUUUUGCACGGCACCAGAGACUUUGCAAGGAGCAUGGCUGAUGGACUGGAUGUUUCCCGAGAGGCACGUUCAACUAAAUUUCAAACCAGUUGAAGAGCAAGGAUUUGAUCAGCAUAGCUCUGCCCUGUUUCAGUAUGCUCUGCAGGCUGUCACGGUGUAACAGGUAUAGCACACAAAGGCCAUUAACCAUUGUCAGGAGCCAUGUUGAUUGCUGUUGGAGGUAUAUAGACUUUAGCAAAAAGAAAUGGCUUUUUAAAAUAACCACAAAGUCUUGGUGUUU